AUGUCUAUUGCAGAACGAUCAGUUUCUGGACAGGAAAUUAUCGUGCCACCGAAUUUACCGUUAAUAUUAAAGGAAUUUUGUAAGGCGGCUAUUCGAACACAACCGUACGAUCUACUUAAAUGGUCCAGUUCGUAUUUUCGAGCGCUGGCUGAUGGAGAAGAACCACCGAUAAAACUGAGACUGGAAUAUCCACCGCCAAGUACAGCUUCCGGUUUAACUCUUGGUUUCCUCAGGAUUUUACUCCGACAAUUCGGAGAUUACAACAAAUCGUUACCAGUGGAAACAAUUCUUCGUCGAUGGGACUGCUUGUGUUUGGAUCGUCGAGACUUUAAUCUUAUUCUAAUGAUCGGGAAGUUUCGACGAAAAUGUCAAGUGAAAAAAUUUCUGGCCAUCGCUGUCGGGCUUCUAAGCUCCAGCCUUUUUGAAACGAUGAUCCUAAUCUGCGAGUUAUUUACUCACGAACCUGAAGGCGGUUCUGCUAUGGUUCCUGUCACAUUUUUCAUGGAGAUAUAUGGAUAUUUGGCAGGACUUCGUUGUGACGGAAGUGAAAGAGAUCCUACGGACGAGGAUCCGACAGAAUUCAUCGUAUACGAGCCAGAACCUUUCAUACAUCAAGAAAUCAACGAGGAAAAGUCUUCUGUGGAUCGUGUUUGUUCGGUAGCAAGCCAAGACACUGAAGCUGACGUGAAUUUAGACCUGGAAUUAGUAUCGAAAGGAGACACCGAAUCUUCGAGAACCGAUAUAACGCCUCAAUUAAGUGAAAGUUUUUCUUGUCAGAAAAAAAUGGUCGAAGAUAAAGUAAAGCAGGAUUCUUCUAGCGAGGGAACAUUGAAAAUAAAGGAUAACAAGGAUACUUCGGUUGCCGAUGUAGAGUGUAGCAAAAAAUCUGAACGUAUCGAUGAGAAAAGAUCGAGUGAGGAUGGAAAUGGUUCUGCAGAUAGUUCCAGUAACAAGCAGAUCGUUCGAAGUACAGAGGAUAAGGUUUUAAGCGAGAGAAGAAGGAAGAAGAAGGUUAUAGAUCCCAAAUUGCUCAAGUACUAUCCGAAUGUCCCUGGUAUUGGACCUCGUCUCUCGGCUGAAGAAGUAGCCAGCGUGGCCAUAUGGUUGAGCGAGUGCGCAAGAGUACAAGAAGGCAUGGUUGGUCCGCGAAAUCUUCGCCACAUGAACUGUCCUCCUAUAGAUAGACAACAGCUAUCAGAUUCAUAG